AUGGAUGCACCUUCGCUGAUGCAGGCUAUCUCUAAUAUGGCCUUGAUCACCCAGAACAGCCGAGAUCUCCCUCGUGAGGCUCAGAAUGAAAUUGCUAACUUCUUUGGCAAGGUUGCUGACAAAAUAGCGACAUACACUCAGUAUAUGACCCCAGAGGAUGCCCAGGCAGGUGCCAAUAGCCAGCUUGACUUGCCAGUACCAUUUGAUGUGACCACCGACUUCAGGGACAUGGAUUACGACACGGACAUUGAUUCAGAAGAACCCCUCGAGGUCGACUCAGGCGACCAACUAGAGGCGUUGUCUGCGUUUGAUACGCGAAAGAAGCAAGAGGAUGUUGUGAGUUUAUUUGAGACAACAAUUGUCCUUGUUUCUCCUGAAAUGAAACUAUUAUACAACGUGAAUUUUCGAUGCAUGAUUUGGCAUCCUUUUUGUCAUGCUGAGGCAACACCACUCCGAUUGAUUUUAAAACACGCUGACUAUUUGCAUGCAUAUCCAAAAAGUUAA